CUUCUUGGGCCGGUGUGCGAGAGAGAUCCAACCUGGCCGCCCCCUGCAUGUCAUGAUCAGCCUCCCCUCCCCUCUUCUCGUGUUCUCUCGCCAUCAACGUUCAAAUCCACUUCUCACCUCCACCGUCUUAAGCUUUGGAGCCUUUUUCGCGAAUUCCGGUCCUCCUCAGGCUCGCUCGUCAACAUGUGGAUAUGCGUUGGGCUCCUUGCUGCUCUUUUCGCCUUCGUCCUCCCUCAGGAGCCUGUCUCUUACUCGUGCACUGAAGGCUACACAUAUGAUAGCGUCAGAGAGCAGUGCAAAGAUAUUGAUGAGUGCGAAGUGCUGGACGACGCCUGCAAAGGGGGUAUGAAGUGCAUCAACCACUUCGGCGGCUACCUCUGCCUCCCCAAGAGCGCCCUCAUCGUCAUCACCAAGGAGGGCGAGGAGACCCCCGACCCCCCCGCGCUGCCCGUUGUGCCACCGCAGCAGCCUCCGAGGAUUUUUGACCAGGUCACCCGGGUGUCCCACGCUGGCCGCUCCGCCGUCCGCUGCUCGACCGGAUUUGCGCCGGACGAGCACAACGUCUGUAGAGACGUAGACGAGUGCACGUUGGGGCAAAACGCUUGCGGGCCCGAACAGACCUGCUUCAACAGCCGGGGCUCGUACAGCUGCCACUGUCCGGCCGGAUAUCAGAGGAGCAGAGACCAAUGUGUAGACAUUGACGAGUGUGCGUUGUCCCGCUACUGCAUGCACUCGUGUGUCAACGCUCAGGGCUCGUACUACUGCCAGUGCAAUGCGGGUCACCGCUUGGCCUCCAACAACCACAGCUGUGUCGAUAUCAACGAAUGUGAGACGCAGAGUCCUUGUCAGCAUCACUGCUACAACCUGGUGGGCUCCUUCUUGUGCCGGUGCGAGCAGGGCCACGAGCUGGCCCCGGAUUCGGUCUCCUGCCAAGAUAUUGACGAAUGCAGCUUCUCCAGCUACAUGUGUCAGUACCAGUGCGUCAACAGCCCGGGGAGUUACUCCUGCGAGUGCCCCGAGGGAUACCAGCUGCAAGGCAACCGCUUGUGUCAAGACAUCAACGAGUGCGAGACGGGCACUCACAACUGCCAAGACGACGAGAUGUGCUGGAACUACUACGGCGGCUUCCGCUGUUACCCCCGCAACCCUUGCGAGCCGCCUUACACGCAGUCUUCGGAAAACCGCUGCAUCUGCCGCUCUCAGACGGACUGCCAGGGCUUGCCGCCGUCCAUCGUCUACAAAUACAUGAGCAUCCAGGCCGAGCGACCCGUUCCCGCCGACAUCUUCCAGAUUCAGGCGACCAACAUCUACGCUAACACGCACAACACCUUCCAGAUCAAAGCCGGGAACGAAGCAGGGGACUUUUUCCUCCGGCGUUCCAGCAACGUUAACGCCAUGCUGGUCCUGACCAAACCCCUGACGGGCCCCCGGGAGUACGUGGUGGACCUGGAGAUGAUCACGCACCACCUGACCAUGAACUACCACUCCAGCUCUCUGCUGAGGCUCACCAUCAUCGUCGGGGCAUACGCCUUCUGAACGCCAAGUCGCGUAGCCCGCGCGUGACAAACUGUACAUUUGCCGUACGCUACGUUAGCAUAGGAAAGACACGCGGUGAUAACAAAAGGACGAAAAAUGUGCUAAUAUUGAGAAAGCGUCGCCAAAAUGUCAUAAAUCACUUCUAAUGUUUCAUUGCGACGCAUGCGUGAAAUUGUGUGUGAAAAAUGCCUAAACAUCAAAGAAAAUGUUUUUUUUUAGCUAAGCCCUGAAAUUUAACUUCGAAUUGCAGUAUUAACUUGAUCAAACGAGUUAGUUUUUUUAAAAAAUGGUUCAUUCGUCCCAAUCGUCCAUGCUUUCCAUAUAUUGUUUAUAUAUUUUUUGGGGUCUCAUAUUUAAAAUAUAUUUUUUUGAAAUACGUAUCUUGUACUCAGAAGAGAAAAGUUAUAUUGUGGAAUAAA